AUGAGGAAUGGCCGAAGUUUAGUGACGUGUUUGGCGGCCGCCGCCCGCAAUGCGCACUUUAGGAACACACUUUGGAAUAGACAUCGUUUGGUUAGAUUUUCAACUGACAAUUAAGAUGAAAAAGCUGAAAAUUCGCGAAAACAGAGCUGUCUCAAUGUACUUGUAGCAAAAUCUUGCGCAUAAUACGUAGAACGGUGUAUACACACCGGGCAUCAGAUUUGACGAUAUUCACUAGUUGUUCGUGAAAAAUGCAUAAUCUUCAGGCCUUUUCCUCGUCUGUCGCCUCCUCGAGCACCUCCCGAACAGAAGAAGUGACGCAGCCGCUCGCAAUCCGCUUCGAGUACGGUCUUCCGCUCAUCGACGUGCCACUUCCCUCGCGAAAUGAGCCGUGUCAGUUCACGAUGCGACCGUUGAGCGAUACGGUCGGCUCGCUGUGCGAUUUCCUCCGACAAGAGGAUCGAGGCAUCGAUUAUGUCGCUGUAUAUGGGACCAGUAUGUUCGAAAAAUCGAAAAAUCUUCAAAUUCACAAUUAUUCGAGUUCAGACGGUGUCAAACUGGCGACGUGCACCUCCAUCGAGCACCUCCUUCAGUUCGGCGCGUUUCGACUUCGCCUCAACGACAAAUUCUUCGAUGUGACCGUGCCGAAGACCGCGACAACGCCCUACGACAGUGAUAAGUGAGUUCUUUCCCAGAUUUUCCCCCAAAAAACGUCCAUUUUUUGCAGACUCCGUCAGUUGGACGACCUGCGCGCCACCGUUGCGUCGCUCCACGCGGCUCUCUGCGUCGACGAGUACAAACUGUCGCGCGAGCGGAAACUUCUUCUCCAACUGGAGAACGCCGAGACGCUUCUGGCGCCGUUGCACGAGGCGAAGCUGAAAAUCGAGGCGGAAUGCGAGGCGCACACCGACCGCGUCAUGUGGGCCGGAUUCGCGGCGUGCGGCGUGCAGACGGGCUUGUUCGCACGGCUCACCUGGUGGGAGUACUCGUGGGACAUCAUGGAGCCCGUCACCUACUUUGCCACCUACUCUACGGUUAUCGCCACGUUCGGCUACUAUUUGUACACACGACAGGUGAGAAAAUUGCGCGAAAAACUAGGUUUUUCUGCCAAGAACUUUGCGCAAUGACCAGAAAUUCAAUUUUUACAGAGUUUCGAGUAUCCGUCGGCGCGCGAACGUGUCUACACAAAACAAUUCUAUCGUCGUGCGCAAAAACAGGAAUUCGACAUCGAAAAGUACAAUCGGCUCGUCAAUGAGGUCGACGACUUGCGGAACCAACUCAAACGGAUGCGCGAUCCGCUCUUCCAGCACCUGCCCGUCAGCUAUCUGUCGAAUUUGGAGCACGAAAAAUCGGAAUAA